AGAAUCGAAAUGUGCUACAGAUAUAGCUUUAGCUUUAUUACAGUCGUGGUUCUGCUUCUGGCAGCAGGAAUCCGCGGAGCUCCUUCGGAUGUGUCGGUGGAAAAGGCGGAGGAUCCCAAUGCCCCGGAGGACUGCCACCAGCCGAAGGAAACUGGCCGCUGUUUCGCCCUGUUCUCCCGAUACGCCUACAAUGUGGAUACCCAAUCCUGCGAGGAGUUCGUCUACGGAGGCUGUGCCGGCAAUAAGAACAACUUUGAAUCCAAGGAGCAAUGCGAACAGGUCUGUUUGGCCCCAUCCAUAACAGAAGCGGUCACCGAUAACUACACACUGAGACCGAAUUGAUUUAAUUUAGUUUUUAAUACUUAACACUUCGUCACCCAACUUUAUACCCAGUGCAAUCGCAACACAUUACAUUACUGAGUUAACUAUUUUAAUAAAAUGAUUUGAAAACUUAAGAACGAAA